AUGGAAGUUUUAUCCUUCAGAUCAUCCCUAAUUUUUCCCUAUAGGCCCUCCCAUGGCCUUAAUCCACUCUCAAAAAAUUUGCAAAGCCAAAAGCUUCAUCCUUCGCAUGUUUCAUGCAGAGCAAGAAAGUUAGCUAUUGAGGUAGAAGAAACAACUUCUGUCGAUUUUUACAAGAUGCUAUCUCUGAAUCCGAAGAGUGCAACCAAAGAUGAGAUAAAGAAGGCAUAUAGAUCCAUGGCACUUCAAUACCACCCAGACACGUGCUUAGAUCCUUUGAGGAAGGAGAAAUGUACGAGGAUGUUUGUACAGCUCCAUGCAGCUUAUGAGACAUUAUCAGACCCAGUGCUCCGAGAAGAGUAUGAUUAUGAGCUUGACUUGAUGACAAGCAAGAGGAAUAAGAAUAAGAGUGUUAAUGGCGGUGAUGAAAGAUGGAGAAGAAGGUGGGAAGAGCAAUUAGUUGAGUUGAAGAGAAGGUCUAAUACAAGAAUGGCUCAAAAGGAAGGAUCAUCAUGGGGAAGUAGAAUGAGGGCUCAAAACAUGAAAAAUCAUAAAUAA